GGACAAGCAGGCGGGAAGUAUUGAGAGAGCUGGACGAGCAGAGAGAGGGACACGAUCUGUCUGGCGCUGAAGACAUUAUUAAUAGAUAGAUUUUUAAAGUUGGAUAUAGGCUUUUUUCCGCAAUUAUAUUCACAAUAUUUUGCCUGCUGAACAGUGGAAAUGAAAGCAAUGCGAUACGUUUUUCUGCUGGUUUGUGCCUGCUUUAUUUGUCAAGCUGAUGGACGUAAAACAUACGGUGACAUGUUCCCCCACAAGCAUGUAAUGCCAGGGAAGUCACCAUUUCCGGUUCCACCAAUCCCCGGCUGGGAUCCAGACACCAAUCCAUGGGAUGACUACCUCUACCCUCCACUAAACCCAAAGCCGAAAGAACUCACGCACCACAAAGGUAAACCCAAGGUUCGUCUGACCAGCGACAGUCCGGCUCUCAAUGGCUCUAGCAUCUUCUUCACCGCGAAGCUGGAGUACCCUCCAUGCCAGAAGGAAGACGCCAACGGGGACAUUGUUUGGGAUGAGCACUGUCCGGACGGUACGGAGCUCGAGGCCUCAGCCAACGGACAGGUGCGUUCUGGUGACGUGUACAACUGGACCUCCUGGAUGGACGACUACGGCGCUGGAAAGUGUACGGACAUGAAAAGAUGCAACGUGUUCCCCGAUGGGAAGCCCUUCCCUCAGAGCAACGACUGGAGCCGCAAGAACUACGUUUACGUGUGGCACGCAAUGGGCCAGUACUUUGAGACAUGCGACGGUUCCUCCUCCAGUUUGACCAUCAACACCACCAACAUCCCUCUGGGUGCAGAGGUCAUAGAGGUCAUGGUCUACAGGAAACGUGAGCGCAGGAAGUACAGCCCUCUCACCACCGACAACACCAUCUUCUACGUCACAGAUAAGAUCCCAGUUGCAGUUGACAUCUCCCAGAAGGCUGCGGUCAACCAGUCUGAGAAUGUUUUCUUUCGUGGUGAGGACGUGGUUUUCAAAGUCCAGCUCCAUGACCCCAGCGGCUACCUCAAAACCGCAGCCGCCAUUGACUACAUCUGGGACUUCCGAGAUGGCAACCAGCUGGUGACACACUGCGAUGUGACCACACACGCCUACAGCACGCUGGGGAGCAUGAACGUGAAGCUGGUAGUAGAGGCAGCGUUCCCUGUGCCGUGUCCGCCCACCUCUGCCACCCCGACUCAGUGGAGCUCCCCGUCAGCAGCCCCCACAGAGGCUCCCACAGCCACACCUCCUGUUACUCAUGCAGUGACUGUCAAGAUGGAGACAACCCAGGUGCCACCCAGCACCCGCCAGCCCCUUCCCUCCUCCUCAUCCUCUACUACUGCCAUGACAACAGGCCCCCCUCCCACGGAGACCCCCUCCCCUACUGUUGCCAAUGUGACCCCUGGGUCGAACCCCACCACCCUGGCCUCGCUCCGCGCCAGGAACCUCAACGGCAACGACUGCUACCGCUACGCCCUUGGGACCUUCAUGGGAAACAUCACCAUUGUUGAGCCGAAGCACCAACUAACCAGCCAGUCGGACAGUCGCAUUGUGGAGGUGUCGGCUUCCAGAGUGACCGACACUGACAUCAGCUUCCUGGUGAAAUGUCUGGGGAACAUCCCCACUUCAGCCUGUACCAUUGUGUCGGACCACACCUGUACUCAGGUGCGCAGCAUUUUGUGCGAUGACGUGCCGCCAUCGUCAGAGUGUGAAGUGCAUCUCAGGCGAACUUUUCCGGAGCCCGGCACCUACUGCAUCAACAUCACGCUGGAAAACUCCAGGAGCCUGACCAGCACCAGCUCCACGGUCACCAUCAACAAGUCCCAGGAUACACCUGUGUCCGUGACUUCACACACUGCGGCGGUGGUGCUGUCCUCGACCGCUGUGCUGGUGGCUGUCUUUGCAUUCGUUGCCUAUCUGGGCUGCAAGCGUUACAAGGUGUACCGUCCCAUUCAUAGGUCACUAUUGGAGGACGCCAGUGGCCACGCGGUCCGUUUGAAAGAGGCCCUCUUCCCCUCCAGCGAGGAGAGACAUUACCUGCUGACCGAGAGACGCCCUGUGUAGGCGUUUUAAAGCUGAACCAAAGGGUUCUCGUCUCUUGGUUCUGCCUGGUCAUUGGGUGCGGGAGUUGCUCGGAGAUGAACUAGGCUCCAAGUCAUGGAUGUUUUCUGAUCAAAAUAACUGCUUUAUUGCAAAUGUACCAAAUGCUGCUUUACAAUAGUUUAUAUCCUUUUUGAUAUUAAUAAACAGUUUAGAAUGAAGCCUGUGAGUUGUUUCGCCAAUAUAAAAUGUAUACUAGUGACAUUGCAUGUUUUUCCUUAGUUGAAUUAAUUGAUAGAACUUAAUUCUUUUUUCAAACAAAAUUCCACUGACAACUUGACCUGAGGACUCUAAUAAAGGUUGUGAACUAACUGCU